AUGGACGGUCAGAAACAGGGAACUGGGUUUUUCGCCUCCAUAGCAUCUACCUUCUCCGCCAUGUCCAAAUCCGUUAAUGGUUUGUUAGGUUAUGAAGGACUAGAAGUCAUAAAUCCCGAAGGAGGCACCGGUGAUGCUGAAACUGAGGCCCAAAAAGGCAGAUGGAAGCAAGAGGACCGUGACAGUUAUUGGAAAAUGAUGCAACGGUAUAUUGGGUCAGAUAUCACAUCAAUGGUGACGCUUCCAGUUCUCAUCUUUGAGCCCAUGUCAAUGCUUCAGAAGAUGGCGGAGCUAAUGGAAUACUCUCAUCUAUUGAAAUUGGCUGAUGAAUGUGAGGAUCCUCACAUGAGACUGGUCUAUGCUGCUGCUUGGUUCGUUUCUGUGUAUUACGCUUUACAAAGGACCUGGAAGCCAUUUAAUCCGAUUCUUGGAGAAACAUAUGAAAUGGUUAAUCAUGAUGGCAUCACAUUUAUUGCCGAGCAGGUGAGCCAUCACCCUCCAAUGAGCGCAGCUCAUGCGGAAAACGAGCAUUUUGUGUAUGAUAUUACGUCAAAGGUGAAGACCAAGUUCUUAGGGAACUCGGUUGAUAUAUAUCCUGUUGGAAGGACAAGGCUAACCCUUAAAAAGUCAGGCGUGGUUUUGGAUUUGGUCCCUCCUCCUUCGAAAGCAAACAAUAUCAUUUUCGGACGAACUUGGGUUGAUUCGCCCGGUGAUAUGAUUUUGACUAACCUCACCACGGGAGAUAAGGUUGUUUUGUAUUUCCAACCUUGUGGGUGGUUCGGUGCCGGUCGUUAUGAAGUGGAUGGAUACGUAUACAAUGCCGAUGAAGAACCUAAAUUCUUGAUGACUGGAAAAUGGAACGAGUUCAUGAGCUAUCAGCCUUGCGAUUCUGAAGGAGAACCGUUGCCCGGCUCCAAACUGGAAGAGGUUUGGAAGGUUGCUGAUGCCCCAAAAGACGAUAAGUUUCAGUACACGUAUUUUGCACACAAAUUAAACAGCUUUGACACUGCACCAAAAAUGUUACUCCCUUCGGAUUCUCGCUUGCGUUCUGACCGUUUGGCGCUCGAGCAUGGUGAUUUAUCCAAAGCUGGCUUGGAAAAGAGCAGACUUGAGGAGAGGCAACGAGCCGAAAAGAGAACAAGGGAGACAAAUGGCGACGAGUUUAAACCCAAGUGGUUCGAUUUAACGAGUGAGUUAGCUUCGACACCUUGGGGCGAUUUGGAAAUUUACAAUUUCAACGGAAAAUACGCGCAACAUCGCGCGUCGGUUGAUCAUAGCUCGGAUGGAGAAUCGGAAAUCGAUAAUUCGUCCCUCGAGUUCAAUCCAUGGCAGUAUCAGAAUUUGUCUGAUACUCGAGCAUAA